AUGGAAAAUAAGGGUAUUCACCUAGCAUUUCUCACAGAAACCUUCCUAUCCCCUGCCAUCCCCGAAUCCAUUUGCAACUCUAUCAAUUUUUCGUGCCUCCGGUCUGAUCGGUCUUCGUCUCAUCCAAAAACCAGAGGCGGCGGAUGUGCUCUUCUCUAUCGUAGUUUCGUAAAAUUGGUUAAAAUAGAUCUUGACGAGAAGAAUUAUAUCACCCAUUUCUGUGACAUCCUUGUUGUUGACCACACAGAAUCCAACGUCCGUUUCAUCCUAGUGUACCGUCCGCCAGAUACCUCAAAUAUUCAGACACACAACCUAGUCGAUCAACUUAACACGCUCAUGGUUUGCCCUAAGAAGUCUUAUGUAUUGCUAGGAGACUUCAAUCUCCCGGGAAUCCAAUGGGCGCACCACUCUCGUAUCGACAAUACAGGUCUAACAGAUAUGACUGAAUCACACAAUAUGGUUCAGUUAGUUAAAUCAGCAACUAGAAUCUCUCAACGUGGCACGGAAAACAUCUUAGAUCUUAUUUUCUCGAGUAAUCCCAAAGCUUGCUUCAAUAUUAAAGUUGGCGAGCCCUUGUUGAUGUCGGACCACAACUCCGUUCUCUUCUCAACCAAUCUCACCAAAGAAGCAAGUUCCCGUCGCAAAGUCAAACAAUUGAUGAACUACCGUAAAUGCGACGUUGAUGCACUGAACUCCUAUCUCGCUAGUUUCAAUUGGGCAAAGCAGUUUUCCUUUUUUGCAACUCUCGAUUCAAAGCUCUCCCACUUCUUAAAUAUCUUCAAUGAGAGUAUAGAUAUGUUUACCCCUCUUAUGAAAAUAAACUCUAGAUCUGCGGUACUAAGUCGGCAGUAUACCUACAAACUCUUAAAGCGUCGGAACAAAACCUUAAAUCCCACCAAGCUCAAAUCAAAGGUCAAAUUACGUUUGAAGAACAUACGAAAAAGGAUAAGAAAAUCUGAAAACGAAAUAAUUGGAUCAGCUAAUCCUAGAAGACUCUUUGGCUUCGUUAAAAGAAGGCUCACGUCUUCUUCCUCCAUUACAAAGCUUCUUGUUAACGGUAGCCUGAUCACCAAGCCUUCGGAUAUUGCUGACCAAUUCAUCAAAACGUUUGCAGAGAGUUUCACAAUUCCGUCCUCACCGCAUCCUGCCCUCCCUCAUCCAAAGCCUAAAAACAUAUUUGUGGACGUCUCCCCCCUUAGUGUGUUCCUUGCCAUUUCUAAAUUACAGCCCAAAAUAGGAUACUCAACUGAUAGGAUCAACUUUUAUAUUAUUAAGAAAUGCGCAAAUUCAAUCUCCGUCCCACUUUCGCUUAUUUUCACCGAAUCACUGUCUGCCAGGAGGUUUCCCGAUUGCUGGAAAACUGCAACGGUCAUUCCGCUGCACAAGAAGGGCAGCAUUCUAGAUCCUUCUAACUUCAGACCCAUCUCUCUUACACAUCCUCUAGCCAGAUUAUUUGAGAGAUUAAUCCUGAAACCAAUUAAAUCAGAACUCGCUGCUCAGCUGUCCAAAAAACAAUACGGAUUCCUAUCCAACAGAUCAUGCCCACUGGCCCUCAUCGAUGCUACUUCCCAGUACCACUUAACCCUUUCGAAACCUAAAGCAUACAUGGACGUAAUUCUAAUCGAUUUCCGCAAGGCCUUUGAUUCGGUUCCUCACGAUUUGCUUCUGUUCAAAUUGAUGAACUUUGGACUCGACUCGGCUCUUUGCGAGUGGUUCAAAUCGUUUCUGUCCAACCGUGAAUCCAAAAUCAAAAUCGAUGACUACGUAUCAGAGAAUAGUUUUAAUAACGUCUCAGGUGUUUUGCAGGGUACUGUUACGGGUCCAUUUCUGUUCUUGGUAUAUAUCAAUGACCUGAUCCAGUCCCUUCCCUCAGAUGUUUAUUCCAUUGCCUUUGCUGACGAUCUCAAGAUCUACAGUGAAAACACCGCCAGUCUCCAAAAAACGCUCAACGUUAUUUCUGACUGGUGCGAUAAGUGGAAAUUGCAACUAGCUGAAAACAAAACUGUAGUUUUGCAUCUUGGUGUAUGCAAUCCACACACAGACUACUUUAUUGGUAACGCUAAACUAGCGUCUGCCAAUAUUGCCAGAGAUCUGGGUCUUCUUGUCGAUUGUGGUUUGAAAUUUGAUGCCCACAUUGCAAAAAUAGUAAACAACGCUAAAUUUAAUUGCAGAAGAAUAUUGAAUAGCUUCCGUUCAAACAAUAUUAAGUUCUACUUCAAGCUCUUUAAUUCCUUUAUUCGUCCAACACUCGAAUACGCUUGUGAACUAUUCCACCCUUCAAACUCGCUCAGUACAACUCAACUUGAAUCUCCCCUCCGUUUCUUCUCUCGUAAAGUAUUCCACAGAUGUAACAUAUCCUUCCAACCAACAUCAUCCAAUGCUCACCUUUCCCCUUAUGAGCGACGUUAG